ACUAAUCCACUUUCUGUCUAGAUUUGCCUAUGUGGGCAUUUCAUAUACAUGUGACCAGCUUCUUUCAUGCAGCAUAUUUUCAAAGUCCAUCCAUGUUGUACCAUAUGUCAGUACUUCAUUUUUUAUGGCCAAGUGAUAGUUCACUGUGGGGAUGGACCUUGUUUUGUUUAUCUGCUCAUCUGCAGAUGGACUUUUGGGUUGUUCGAACUUUUGGUGAUUGUGAAUACUGCUGUCGAGAGCAUGGGCGUACAAACAUCUUGUUUUGUUUUUGUUUUCAGAUUUUAUUUAUUUAUUUGAGUGAGCGAGAGAGAGAGAGAGAAAGAGAGAGAGAGCACCAGCAGGAGGAGGGGCAGAGGGAGAGGGAGAAGCAGACUCCCCACCGAGCAGGGAGCCCGAUGCGGGGCUCGAUCCCAGGACCCCGGGAUCAUGACCUGAGCCGAAGGCAGACGCCCAACUGACUGAGCCACCCAGGCGCCCGACAAGCAUCUGUCUAAAUAUGACAUUUGCGGGUCACCUCUGUGCUUCGGCCAGGUACUUCUGAUUCCACUCCCUGUGAUGGCUGGCCUUCCAGUUCUUCUUUCAACCCCUAGGAAUCUGGUGGCCCAUCCUCUUGGUGGGGUCCCCCUUCUCUCUCCAGGCAUCCCCUGGGGCAGGACAGGACUUAAAAUAGCGUCAGAGCCCUUCUGCCAUUUCCCCCUGCCCAGGCGGGGAAUGUAACUGGCCUAGCACAAGCCGGUCCCUCUCUCCGUGUGCGGCCCCCUUGGUUGCCAGCAAAGCCUCUCCCCUUCAAAGGGCUUUACAUGCAGCCGUCCACCGGCCCACAGCGUCCCAGCCCAGGGGACCCAGAGCAAGUGGCGUCAGCCCACAUGUCCUUGUCUCGAAGCAAUAUUCCCUCUGCUCUCCAGCUUCUUUUAGGCUGGAUGUUGGCAGUGCUCACCACAGGGCACGGAACCUUGCAACAUUUGGUGGCCUCAGUCCAAACAUGUUCUGGGCAGAGUCAUGUCCCCCCGCCCCAAAUUCGUAUGUUGAAGUUUAGGACCUCAGAAUGUGGCUGUAUUUGGAGGGAGUCUUUAAAGUGAGCAGGGUAGAGGCGCCUGGGUGGCUCAGUCGGUUGAGCAUCUGUCUUCGGCUCAGGUCAUGCCCCAGGUGGGAUCAAGUCCCACACGGGGCUCCCUGCUCAGCGGGGAGUCUGCUUCUCCCUCUGCUCCUCCCCCGUGCUUCUGCGCUUUCUCUCUGACAAAUAAAAAAAAACCUGAAAAAAAAUAAAGUGAGUAGGGUGAAAUGAGGUCAGAUGGGAGGGCCCUGAUCCAGUCUGACUGGUGAGUUCAUAAGAAGAGGAAAUCUGGACACGCAGGAGACACAGGGAGACGUGUGAGGACACAGCGAGAAUGUGGCCUGCUACAAGUCAAGGAGAGAGGCCUCAGAAGAAGGCAGCCCCGCUGGCACCUUGAUCUCGAACUUCUAGCUCCCAGAAUCAUGGAAAAAGAACUGUCUGUGGUUUAAGGCCCCCAGUCUGUAGCACUUUGUUAUGGCAGCCCUAGCAAUGACUAUAGGGUAGUUUCAAUGUCCUGUGAACAUCUGAGAUCGCCACUUCCCCUGAGGUCCCCCGGCCCCUGCUUGAGAAGUCAACCUGUGAGUAGAUGUCUCACCUACUUCACGCUCCCCAGGAGGCACCUGCUCUCACAUGAACUAUAACAAGGCACUGUUAUCAUCAGACCAUCUUGGCCCAGUUUGUCCAGGAGCUCCUCAUAUUAACACCGGAACUCCCGUGUCACCCUCCAGUACCCCUGCUCUGUUUGGCCCAGCCCUGAGUGAGAAGCGGGCCAGGCGGGCUAACGGAGGCAGGGGCCUUGGGCUCGUCCUCCUCUAUCAACCUGUGCUGGGUUGUGGGAAGGAGCAGGGUCUGGGUGACACAUGGCCGAGUAACACCUCCCACAAAGCGACUGCUGCGCGGCGUCGCUCGCAUGCUGAUGGCCACCGGUCUCCACCGAGGAGGACGCUGAGAUCAACUAGGGGCAACAUGUGCCUCUUCCACACUCAGGCCGUGGACCUGGGGCAACUGGUGUGCGAUAAAAGAGGCAUGAGCCUGCGGUUCCCCAGGAGUAUGGGCUGUGCACACACCAGGGCCCUUUCCGUGUCCGAGGUGGGAUGCUGAUAGGAGGGAGGAUUGAGGCUCCCCAGGAACAUCCUGGAAGGACACUGGGUUGCUUGCGGCUGGGCUCACGACUGGGCUUGGGCACCACGGAGCACUGGGAGGCCAGCUUCUGUCUCUCCAAGUGCAGAGCAUCUGCCAAUACAGGCUUUUAGGAAGGGCUUGUUUCAGGUGUCUACCGCUGUGGAACAAGCCACCUCAAAACACGGUCGCAGAAAAGAAGGGCCGUGUCUGUCUGCUCAUGGAGUCCGUGGGUCAGGAACCUAGACGGGGCACAGCACAUCUGCCCCCAACGUCUGGGGCCUCAGUGGGGGCGUCGUGAAGACUGUGCUGGUGGAGCUGUGGGGAAACAGCCCCUGCUGGUGGGAGUGGAGGGUGCUCGGGCCAUUGUUACCAAGGCGACCAGUGCCCACGCCCUCUGACCCAGCAAGUCGUCUUUAGGAAAUCAUUGCACGGGCACCGGGAAGUUGUGCAAGCACACGGAUCGCAGGCCUCUUCGAACAGUAAAACGCUACUGGGAGGCUGCCUGAUAAAACCAUGGCAUCUCUGAGCACGGCAUGGCGCGUGCUAUUAGAUCCGGUGUCUGCCCAGAGUCGUCUCCAGGAUACGGGGAAGUGGACACAAGUCACACGGCCUGAGCACAGGAUGCCCCCUCGGGGUGACAGGAGACAGCUGUUGGUAGUAGAUGGAUACGUUUGCCUACGUCGGAGUAUCUGUACAAGACACGUAAGAGAGGAACAAGCCACAGCUCCAGCAGGUGUGAAGGACUAGGUCAUGGCAAGAGCAGGGUCCGAGAAACCUACCAUCACUGCAUUUGAAUCUGACGCCGUGUGAAUACAGUAUCCACUCAGAAUUAAAUUUCUAUUUUUAAGAUGCUCACUUCUGAUGCUCUGAGUCCUAAGUCCAGAGCGUCAUGUGAAGACAGUCUACCAGGAUGUCUCUGCUGGCUUCCCGGGUGCUGGGAGGCCUGCGAGCACACAUACGUCGUGGCCCGUGCUCACCGCAGGCGUGCGUGGUCGCCGUGUGACAAUGCGUCUGCCCUGUUCAUCCCACCCUGCAAAGCACACUUCGCAGACGCCCCUGUCGGCGACUCGGCCGACAGCCAGCACGGGCAGGGGCUCGGGGGACGGCAGCGAGGGAGAAGCCAUCCCGCCCAGGGCGCUGUGGCGCCUCAGGCCGCCGUGGUGACAGGAGCAGCCCCAGGGCUGUGACGCUCAGCUCCUGCUCCAGCAAGUGGGAAUCACGGUUCUGGGAAACACGAGCUUUUCUUUUGCUCCCCCCGUCUCAGGGGCCACAGCUGCUCCCGCCGGUUACUAGUCUGUGGGCGUCCUCAUUGUCCCCUUGCUUCUCCUGCCCUCCCAACACCUCUGUAAACUCCUUCUGCCUGAAAUACCUACAGCAGCUUUGCCCCCGAACUAGACGCUGACUAACACACAGAGAAAGUUACACCCAUUUUACAGAGGCGAAAAUGGCAGCUCAAAGACAGGAAGUGACUUAGCCGAAGGCAAACCCACUACCUCUCGUCCCUCGCCAUGCUCCAGUGAGCCCCGUCCCAUUUCUGGAACACAUCAAGCUCGCUCACACUCCAGAGCCUCCACGCGGAUUCUCUCGGGGCAGAACAUUCUGUCUCCAGCUCUACCUGACCACACUCUCUCCACUCAGGUCCCAGGCAAAUGUUACCUCUUCAAAGAGAUCUCCUCUCACCCCCCCAUAGUCUCCAAGUCACUCUACUACAUCAUCCUGCUUCUUGUCUUCUUAGAAAUCCUCUGAAAAUAUGUGCUUGGUUGUGAUCGCACUAGACUGAAAAGCCCAUGAGACCAGGAACAGUGUUCAUCUUACUAAAUGCUGUGUCUCUGGUGCCUAAGAGGGUGACACAGAGUGCACUCAAUACUUAUUUGCUAAGAAUGAAUGAAUGAAAAGGGUGCUCAAUGAUUUUUGAGCACCAGCUAGGACCCACCUUUCCCGCUUUCUGUCUGUGAGCAGUUCAAGGGUUUCUUCAGGAGGCUUCACUGCCUGGGAGGCCACAGGACUUCCAACUUCCACCAUUCAGGCUGUGCCCUCAAUGGGUGCUCAGUUACUACAGGCUGAGUGAACUAACCUGCCUAUAAACCUUCCAGAAGACGCCUGGGCAGUAAGAGUGGUCCAGAGGCAACACUGCGGGGUGAGGGGGCUGUGUCUCAGCUCAUGUCAGCCGACUGGAAGCAGAUGGCCUGCUAGAAGGUAAGUGCAAGAGCCGGGGAGGCGGGACGAUCAGCCUAGGUGCACAGCUGUUUGCCUACUUACAUUUCCUCUGUGCAUUACACAUUGGCCUGGGACCUGUCCUCGUUGAUGAAGACAAUGGCAUUUCCAGCCUCCUCCCGAGAGGCGCCACAGCAUAGUGUAAUCUCUGCAACCAGACAGCUUCGGUUCAGUCCCCGGCACCACUCCUGACCGGCAGGGUGACCUGGGAAAGUCACUCAGGUCCUCUGUGACUCGGUUUCCUCAUUUACACAGUAACAAUGUUGAUAAUAACCGCAUCGCUUUCCCGUUGUUGUUGUGGAGAUCAAUGGUUAAGUCACUUAACAGAUUUAGAACAGGGCUUGGCGUGACAUCACCAUCGGCUGUUACCUGUGUAACAUGUAUGUGCAAGUUCCAUACAUGAAUCAUCUUAUGUAAUGCUCAGAGCAGUCCUUCGAGGAGAGAUACUAAUAUCACCCCCACUCUACAAACAAGGCAACUGAGAAACAGGUUAUAGAAGCAGCCCUAGAUGCAGAGUGUGGAGCCAGUCUUCACACCCAGCUGUUCUAGAAUCCCUAGAGACCCUCUCCACCACCACCCUGGUCCAGAGAGAACGGAUCUGUCUGUAGGUAAUGACGAGGCAGCGUGAUCAUCGUUCAGAGGUCUCUAGCCACGUGUCACAUACACGCUGGCACUGCGAGGCCGUGUUGUGUGACCUGAGCGGGCACUUCUGAGGUACCAGACAGGCCUGAAGUCUAAAGGAUAGCUGGCUGCGAGAGAAAGACAUUUUACGGAAAGCACGCAUUCGCUCUCCUGGCAAGUUCCAGGCAGGAAAGAGAGGCAGUAGAAGCUGGCGAGAUAGACAAACUCCCAACUAUGGAGGGGCUUCUAGAUUGUGCUGAGGAGCUUGAAGUUCAUCAUAUAGGUAAUGAGGGACUGUAAGAGGACUUCAGGCAUUUAAAUCUAUGGUAGAACGUGAGCUGGAAGGAGAUACGGAGGCAUCCUCAAUGCUAAGAGUGCCAUCUACACCUGACAGCCCCGUGCCCGGGCGUGCUGAGCUCCGCCAGACUUUUUCCUUUCUCGGAAUCUGGAACAGAUUUUGACAUACAAGAGUUGCUCAAAUAUUUAUGGAACCAACUAACGUGUCCUAACGUUGCCUGUGGAAAACUGGAGAGAGACGACAAGUUCCAACACUGUGAACGCUCCUCCUCCAAGUAGCCCAGAGGUCCGUUGGAGUAGCGUCCAUGAAUCACUGGGUCGGGUUUCGUCCAUCCUGACUCUUCGCGGCAGCGUCCAGGCAGGGAAAUGCCACGUCCCGGGCAGGGCUCCCGCCAGGCGGGGUGAUUUACCUUGCAUAUACCCUCAAAGACACCGAAAUAGAAGAUUGAUCAUAUUCACGUCCCCGCACCAAGGCAGGAGUGGGCUGUGCGGUGGAGAGCAAAGGGCCUAAGUGGCCCUAUCUCAGAUGGGCUUUUCUCUAUAAAGGACCCUGUUUCUUUCAUAGCGAUGAUCACUUUUGGUUCUUUCUCUUCUUUGCUUUGAGACUCUCGAUUCCAACAGUCUGUAAGCAGGGACUUUCGUGGCAGAAGGGACCGCGUCUGUCUUGGCCCCACAGCAUCCCUGGAGUCCAGGGAAGUCGGGGGAAUGCGGCGGGAGUAGCGAGGGCCUCUGAGAAAGGCCGGUGGCGCCUCCGGCCCCUCGGUGACCUGAGUGGGGAGAGGCGGCUGGGAAGGGCGGGUCGGGCCGCCUUCGCGGAGGGCGAGACCCAGCCGGCGGCUGCACAGGCCGGCGGCGGGACGGGCGCGAGGGCGGCGAGCGCGGGUAGGACCGGGAAGCGGCGGGCGGGCCCCACAGAAAGCGCGGCGCCCCUCGGCGACUGCAGCGGGCAGCGGCGGGACGCCUCCCGCGCGGUGCUCUGGGAGUUGUAGGCACUUUCUUUCCACGCUCCAGCUCUUUGCUCCUGAAGCCCAAGGCGCCUGUGACUCCUAGGCUGCGAACUCUGGGAAUUUUAAUUUCUAAAAAGGUGCUCUGAAUAGGACUCUGCCCAGGUUGCCUCCUUCGCUCCGCCCGGUUUGAGGACUACAUUUCCCAGGCGACCUCAAAGAGGCGGAGCUUCCGGCGCGCGCGAUGCAUGGUGGACAUUGUAGUCCUGGGGGGCUCGAUUUCCACCUCCCGUACAGUCCGGAGCUCUGGCCCGGACUACAUUUCCCUUCCGUCCGCCCACGAUCCCGAGGCCGCCUUGGCGCGAGACAUUUGCGAGCUGAGUGUCUCCAAGAUGGCCGCUUGGGGAAGGAGGCGUCUUGGCCCGGGCAGCAGUGGCGGCAGCGCCCGUGAGAGGGUGAGCUUGUCGGCCACAGACUGUUACAUCGUGCACGAGAUCUACAAUGGGGAGAACGCCCAAGACCAGUUCGAGUACGAGCUGGAGCAGGCCCUGGAAGCCCAGUACAAGUACAUCGUGAUCGAGCCCACACGCAUCGGCGACGAGACGGCCCGCUGGAUCACCGUGGGCAACUGUCUGCACAAGACCACCGUGCUGGCGGGCACCGCGUGCCUCUUCACCCCGCUGGCCCUGCCCUUAGAUUACUCCCACUAUAUCUCCCUGCCCGCCGGCGUGCUCAGCCUGGCCUGCUGCACCCUGUACGGAAUCUCCUGGCAGUUUGACCCCUGCUGCAAGUACCAAGUGGAGUACGACGCCUAUAAACUGUCCCGCCUGCCCCUGCACACACUCACUUCCUCCACCCCGGUGGUGCUGGUCCGGAAGGACGACUUGCACAGAAAGAGACUGCACAACACGAUAGCCCUGGCCGCCCUGGUGUACUGUGUAAAGAAGAUUUACGAACUCUAUGCUGUAUGAUCUCAGUAGUGCAGGGAGAGAAGCAAAUGACCCGGCCCACGAGACACACCCCGAGUAUUCAGAUGGCCCCAGUAACAGUUUUUGCUCUGUGAGGCGGCGGAACCUGGGAAGGGGUUUUGUUUAAUAUUUGUUAUUUAAAAAAAAAAUAACACAGAUCACAGGUGUACUAAGGGUUUUUCAACUCAUUACACUAAGAUGUGGAUUUCCAGAACCCACAGGGGGUCUGAGCGGGCGGUGGAAUGUGGACAGCAGCAACGCUACUGAGGGGGUAGGAGUGCGCUUGUGGGGUGGGGGGGACGUCUUUAAGUCUGUUGUUUAACUGUACCAUCCAGAGCCAACCAGAAGCUAUUGACCAUUAAAAUUAUGAGAA